UAGGCAAUAUUAUUGAUUAUAAAUAUUACUUUUAUAUGAUACUCAACAGUCUUUAAUGAUUAGAAGAAAUAUUUUUAAGCCAUGUCUGAUGAAAAUGAUCGGUGUGAAUCAAUAUACUUCAGUUCCAGUUCGGUUCAAUAUAGGAAACGAUUAGAUGCUCAGUUUUACGAAACAUCUUGUGAAGAAAUGGCCAUGAGUUUACUGGGCAAGAUACUUGUUAGACGAUUAGAUGAUAAUACUAUUCUUAGGGGUAGGAUUGUUGAAACUGAAAGCUAUCUGGGUCAUGAAGAUGCAGCUUCCCAGUCAUUCAAAGGGAAAAUAACACCAAGAAAUGAACCAAUGUUCAUGAAACCAGGAACAGCUUAUGUUUAUUUUACAUACGGAAUGUACCAUUGCUUCAAUAUUUCAAGCAAAGGAGAUGGUGCUGCAGUUUUGAUAAGGGCUGUAGAGCCUUUGGAUAAUUUGAACACUAUGGCAUCUCUACGAAAACAAUUUAGGAAAUGUCCAAAAACAGAGAUGAAGAAUAAAGAUUUAUGCAAUGGUCCUGCAAAGUUAUGUAUUAGUUUUGCAAUUGAUAUAAAAUCUUGCAAUAAACAAGAUCUAACUUCUUGGGAUGGAAUGUGGGUAGAAGAAGACGAAAAUAGUAAAUUAAUUGACACAAUUGUUUGCUCACCAAGAAUAGGUAUUAAAUGUGAAAAAAAAUGGCAAGACAAAUUCCUAAGAUAUUAUAUUCGUGAUAAUCCCUGUGUUAGCAAGAUUGAAAAAAUUAAAAUGAAUGAAUUGAAGUAUUCACAAAUUGAAAAUUUAAAAUAA